AUGUUCGGUCAGCUUGUGAGAAUUGCAUUCGUUGAUGUCCUCCUGAUCCUCAUGUUGACGACGACUUCGAGGCGAGGCGAGGCACGGCUACUCGGAGCGCCGCGGGCAGGCAUUGCGUCUCUUCGCUGUAUCGACACACAAAACACGCUCCGCAAACAGUCGGUCGUUCGGCGGGGCGGUCGAUUCACCAAUGGAUGGAUGGACGCAGAAGUGUUGAUUGGCUGGUCGCCGGCAGCACUUAGCGCAGCCCAGUUUCUAGGCGUGUGUUUCGCGCGCGACCUGCCGCCGGCAACCGCCAACCGCCCGCCAACCGUGUGUUUACCUGAUUUGAACUUCUGUAGUAAUUAA